ACAUGUUGGACCCAUCAGCUGUGUUUGCCAUGCUUUUUGGGAGCGAUUUGUUCCAGGAUUAUGUUGGGCAGCUAGAGUUGGUUUCUUCAGCAAGGAUUGAAGCUGAAGAAGAUUCCCAGGAUCCCGUAGUCCGUUCGCGGAAAGUCGAGGAAAAAAAGAAGGCGCUGCAAAAUGCAAGGGAAGAGAAACUUAAAAAUAUUUUGAAGGAUCGCCUUCAACCUUUUGUUGAAGGUCGAAGAGAAGAGUUUAUGAAGUGGGCAAAUUCUGAAGCAAUGCGCCUCUCUAGAGCAGCUUUUGGAGAAGCCAUGCUUCAUACGGUUGGUUAUAUCUACAGGCGAAAAGCUCUUAGAGAACUUGGGAAGGACAUAAAAUAUUUGAUGUUGCCUUUUGCGGUAGAGUGGGUUCGACAUAAGGGGCAUUGGAUAAGAUCGCAAGUGAUGGCAGCUGCUGGUAUUUUCUCUCAAUAACUUAGGAAAUGAUGC